AAAAGGAUUAUCGGAUGUUUGGUACUUUUUAAGUUGCUUUGGGUGUCAUAAAAAAGCGAAGGGUAAAAUAGAAAGAGAGAGGGAAGCACCCGAAUAGAAUCGAAGCUGAAGAAGCAGAGAACCCGAACUCAAUACUAAGUACAAUCGGCCUUAGUCGGCCGUAUCCGUUCGUGGUAUCCGUAUAUACAUUAAUGUCGUGUAAGCUGCUCCAUGUAUUUAAUUAAGUAUAUAGUGGACUGGAAUGGAUGGUUGAUGGUUGUUGAUUAGAUAUAACAGUGCAUUAAGUUCAGGUGCCCAAAGAGAUCUGUCCGUGGGUGACUAAUAAAAUAGAUAAAAAAUAGUGAUCAGUGGUGGAUCAUCUGAGUGGAGAACUUAAAUUAAUGGCUGUCAGUGAUCGGUGUAUCUUUACGAAGAGUCCUGAUCGAAAAGUUAUCGUGAUAAAAAAUAGCAGUAACCUGCGUGAUAAUAUCAUAACCCACCCUUGCGUAUUAUUGGCGCUUCCGUUUCCUUUUAAGUAUAUGUAAUGUACCAGCGCAGCAAGUAAAUGCCUUUACAAGUAAACACACGACGUUUAUAAUGGCAGGGCGGUUGCGUUGACUUGCGUUUACACACGGGUGGACUAAUAAAACUAAACAGGGUGGUUGUAUUGUACUUCAAGAUUUUAUAUUUGAUUACAACCAUUUUUUUCUGGAUAAACGACAUCUUUAAAUUACUAUUUCCUCUCAUCUAAUCGUACUAAUCAUCAUUAUAAUUAAUUGUCACAGAACUAGAGCACGCUUACCGCUAUUUCAGGGCCAAGUGUCAAGUAUAGUGUAAUAUCACAUCACAUCAGAGAAGACGUUAUUUGUCAUCGUCAUCAAAUAUAUCUAUAUAGAUUUUUAGACAUAAAUAUAAAAUAUAUACACACAUAUAUUUAUAUAUAUAUAUAUAUAUAUAUACGUUAUUUCACCUCGACAAUUAAUAGUGAGAAGAAAUAGAUAAUAAAAAAACAAAAUGUUUACGGGAACAGUUAAAGUUAAAAUAUGUGAAGCUUCUGGGCUGCGAGCUACGGAUAAACAUAGAAAAUUCUGGCAGGACGCACCUCCUAUAAUAGAUCCCUACGUGCUUCUUGACGUCGACCAAAAUCGUCUUAAUCGAACGUCUAUCAAGGCCAAAACAUUUGAUCCAGUUUGGAAUGAAACAUUCACCCAUGAUGUCCAAGCUGCAGUUAUGUUAGGACUUACUGUCUUCCAUGAUGCUGCUUUACCACCUGAUGACUUUGUUGCUAAUUGUAGAAUUCCUUUUGAAGAACUUGUCCGUCGUGAAGAUGAAACGGCUGAUUUUUGGGUUGAUCUCGAGCCUCAUGGAAAAUUACGCAUAAAAAUUGAUCUAAAAUGGAGUAAUCAAGAUCAACAACCAGGAUGUAGUAGUGGAGAAGCAGAUGGUAUUGGAUCCGUAAGUGGAAAUGUUGGAAGUAGUGCUGUCACAGGAGAUAUGGAACCACGUGGAUUCAAAGAACGUCAAGGAUUUAAUAGACGAAGGGGGGCUAUGCGUCGCAGAGUACAUCAAGUUAAUGGGCAUAAAUUUAUGGCAACAUUCUUGAGACAACCAACAUUUUGUUCUCACUGUCGUGAUUUUAUUUGGGGCGUCGGGAAGCAAGGUUAUCAGUGUCAAGUAUGUACGUGCGUUGUUCAUAAAAGGUGUCACAAAUUAGUUGUUACAAAAUGUCCUGGUAUGAGAGACGAGGAAAUGGAAACUGUGUUGCAGUCGAAUGAAAGUAUACAAGGGCAACGGUUCAGCGUCAAUAUUCCUCAUCGCUUUGAAGUACAUACAUUUAAACGUUUUACAUUCUGCGAUCACUGUGGCUCGCUUCUUUAUGGUUUAAUAAAGCAAGGUCUUCAAUGUCAAGUAUGUGACCUAAAUGUACACAAACGAUGUCAAAAGAAUGUGGCUAAUAACUGCGGUAUCGAUACAAAGGCAAUGGCUGAGAUUUUAAGUACUUUAAACAUUUCACCGGAACAGCAAUCAAAGUCUCGAAUAAAUUACAAGCCUUCAAGCUCAACUGGUGGAUCAUCUCAAAGUCCAUCAGGAAAUGGCAAACAUUCACAACCAACGGAUAAUACCGAGCCGAGGAUUCAAUCACACAAUCAAUCCAGAGCUGAAAGCACUUCACAAGAUGAAGAGAGUGAAAUGCAAAAAGUAUCUCUUGAAGAUUUCAAUUUUAUUAAAGUACUUGGAAAAGGUAGUUUUGGUAAGGUUAUGCUUGCUGAACGAAAAGGAAACUCUGAAGAGAUAUAUGCCGUCAAAGUAUUGAAGAAAGAUGUGAUCAUUCAGGACGAUGAUGUUGAUUGUACUAUGACAGAAAAACGAAUACUUGCUUUGGCAGCAAGACAUCCUUUUUUAACUGCUCUUCACAGCUGUUUCCAAACUCCAGAACGUCUUUUCUUUGUAAUGGAAUACGUUAACGGAGGUGAUCUUAUGUUUCAAAUUCAAAAAGCUCGUAAAUUUGAUGAAACUAGAGCUCGUUUUUAUGCUGCUGAAGUAACUUUGGCAUUGCAGUUUCUUCAUCAACACGGUGUAAUUUAUCGUGAUCUCAAACUGGACAAUAUUUUAUUGGAUCGUGAAGGCCAUUGCAAACUCGCAGACUUUGGAAUGUGUAAAGAAGGUAUAGUCGAUGGUAAAACCACAACAACUUUCUGUGGUACACCAGAUUAUAUUGCACCAGAAAUCCUUCAAGAAUUAGAAUAUGGUGCGAGUGUAGAUUGGUGGGCAUUGGGAGUAUUAAUGUACGAAAUGAUGGCAGGACAGCCGCCUUUCGAAGCAGAUAAUGAAGAUGACCUUUUCGAAUCAAUAUUACAUGAUGAUGUUCUUUAUCCUGUUUGGCUGAGCAAAACAGCAGUUUCUAUUUUAAAAGGUUUUAUGACUAAAAACCCAGCCAGACGUUUAGGAUGUGUCGUGUCUAACGGUGGCGAAUAUGCUAUUAAAUCACAUCCAUUUUUCCAAUCAAUGGAUUGGAGGGCACUUGAAGCACGCAAACUUAAGCCUCCUUUUACGCCAAAAAUUAAUAAUGAAAAAGAUGCUAUGAAUUUUGAUACUGAAUUUACAAAAGAGGAGCCAGUACUUACACCAGUUCAUCAAUCAGUACUACAAUCAGUAAAUCAAGACGAAUUUAGAGGAUUUUCAUUCGUCAACAGAGAUUUUAAUACCAGCAAAUUAGGCACGUCUUAAUGAGAAUGAUAAGAUUAUAUUCAUCAAAUGUUAUGCUUACAAAAAACAUUGGAAGAUAACUGUUGUGUCGCAAACUGCUUUGGAAUUGUUUCAAAAUUAGAUGAGGCUACAUCAAACAUCAUUGGUAAUUGUAAAAUUUAUUUAUAUAUACAUGUUUGUAUUUAUGUAUAUAUAUAUAUAUAUAUAUAUAUAUAUAUAUAUAUAUAUAUAUAUAUACUCUUACUUAUUAUAUGUCUUAUUGAACAGAUUUAAUCUGCAAUAUCGUUGGAAAUAAUUUAGUUUAUCUAUUUAUAUUUUUUUUUUUUUUUUUUAUGUAAAAUAAUUUUUAUUUCGUUAAAAAAACUUACAAUUAUUUCUUUCUCUCUAAAGAAUUAAAAAUUGAACAUUAAAGAAAAAUUAUGUCAUUGUGAGAACUAUAAUUGAUUAAGUGUUCUUUUAAAGAAAAGUUAAUUCACUAUUGAUACAGCUGGUGAUUAACACCUCAAUUAGAGCAAGUAUAGAUAGUGAUUGUAAGGAAACUUCGCACGUUUCAUUUGAUUCAAGUUGAACGUGUCAAAUUUCACGUCUUUUAAUUGUUCGGUAUAAACAUCAUGAUUAUAGUAAAAAUUUAUGUGUUAAAAUCACAGCCUGUGCACAAUAUGUAAGGAAUUUUUAGUAAGUUUUUUGAAAAACAAAGGAAUUGUAACAACAAUUUAUACCGAUAAUUUACAUUUUUAUUAUUUUUAUAAAGUAAUUCAAUCAAUUGCCCUUAAUAGAAUUUUGCUUCUUAUUUUUUCCUCUUUAAUUAAUCGAUUGUACAUCAUCAUUAUUGUAUUUUUACAAUAGAUAAAUUGUAUGUGAUUGUAAGUUGAGAAAUUAUAGAUAUCACAGACCACCGGUGGUCUAGUUUGGAGAAUUUAUGUAUACAUACAUGUAUAUAAAAGUUAUUUUAGUAUAUGUCUAACUGAGAGAAUAGUGGAGAUGGCUCGAUUGAUUUUAGCAAAUGAAACGUACGACGUCAUACACAAGAUUGAAAGUUUAAAAUUACCUGAUACUUCGUAACUACCAAAUAUAUAUUGUUAUUUUUUUCUUCUUCAUAGCAUCAACUUUACAAUUAUCUAGUAAUUCAUACAUUAUUUUUAUUUUACUAGCAAAAAUUGCUAUGCUCUCUCAAAUAUUUUUACGUUAAAAUAUUGAAUUAUUUUUUUUUUUUUUUUUUUCAUUUUAUUUAUCUCUUUUUCAAUUUACGUUAAAAGUCAUUAUCAAUAUAUUAUUUUUUAAUUUAUUGAACCAAAGUUUUAACGUGUAUAUAUUUAUUCGUUAAAUUAAGAAUAAUUGGUGUAUUUGCUUGAUUUAGGUAUAAUAUAAUAUUACGUAAAUUGAAGUAGUAAUUUAUCCAUAAUCGCGUAGUACGUAAUAAGAUAUUUAAUAAACUCAAAAAAAUACUUAAUCGUGUUGAUCACGAAGUACAAUCGCUGUAAAUUAAUGAAAGGUAAAUUUAAAAAGAAGAAAAAAACAAAUUUUAAUAAAUAAUUUAUAUAAAUAUCUGGCAAAUUUAAGCAUUAAUAGAAAAUAUUCAUAAUUGAUAUAUUGUUUAUUAAAUAUUAAUCGUCGUGAACGUGAGAAAUAUAUAGAUUAGUUGAAUAAUGUGUAUGAUCCAAAUACAUAUUACUUUUAAGAUUGAGAAGUAAUUUAAGCUGAUUGUUUAAGUAUUUCAAAUAAAUCUCGAGUAUUAUAAACAAUACUUUUUUUGCAAGUAUAUUUACUGUUGUAAAAAGCUUGGAUUGUAAACAUUAUUUAAUUAUAUAAAUGAAAUUCAAAUCGGUAAACAUACUGAUAAUAUUGAAUAAUGUUCAUUAUAAAGUCAAGAUUUAAGAAAUAAUUAUAAGCGCCAAGUCUUCUUUUUUUUAAUGCGAAAUAUUUUAAUUACGAUUAGUCCUUAAUAUUAAAAAAAAAAAAAAAAAAAAAAAAUAACUACAAAACUUGAAAUAUCAAAAUGGGGACCCACAAAAUAAUUAUUGUCGUGAUAAUAUCAUUAUUAUACUAUAGCAAUGAGAUAAUUAAACUGUGUAAUGGAUAUUUUUGUUUUUCGAUAUAAAUUUAGCUCUAUUUAACAAAAUAGCUAUUAAGAUUAUGUGCCAUGAGUUUGAACUCAACUUACAUCCAAAUAGAAUAGAUCUAGCAGAAAAAUUUAUUUAUUUUAAUGAAUAGUAUUGUUUAGUUAAUCGAGGUAUUAUUUAUUUUCUGAUCUGCGGUAAUCUAAGGGUUGUAUUAAUAAAAGUUUUAACAUGUAAAUCACGACGAUUAAUUAUUUUUCCACCAUUUUCGAUCUCCGUUAAAGUAUAGUUGUAAUGAAAUAAAUAUUCUAAUAAUAAAUAAAAUUAAAAAAAAUUUGCUAUUAAAAUGGCAAAAAUGUGUGAGUGUAUUGUAAGAAGUGAAAAAAAAAACGGAGCGAAGAUAAUCAAGGCUACAGUUAUAACACAAAAGUAAUUAAGAAAAAAAAGUAUAGCAUAAAUAACUAAAUAAAAUUGUGAAAUGCAUGACUACUUAUAUUGACCGGUAAUUAAAUUAUAUAAUGAUUGAAAAGAAACGGUUAGUCCGGCCUACGAUUAGCAUACAAGAAAUAAGUAAUGCAUAAUUUUAAUUAAA